AUGUAUGUAUCAAAUGUAAUUCAAGAUAUAAACAUAACAUACCAAAUUCACAACUUAAACAAAACAUCUGAAAUUUCACCAAUAUCAAACGAGCAUCAAAUACACAACUUAAACAAAGCAUCUAAAGUUCUACCAACAUCAAACGAAGACCAAAUUCACAACUUAAACAAAACAUCUGAAAUUUCACCAACAUCAAACGAACAUCAAAUACACAACUUAAACAAAGCAUCUAAAGUUCUACCAACAUCAAACGAACACCAAAUACACAAUCUAAACAAAACAUCUGAAAUUUCACCAAUAUCAAACGAGCAUCAAAUACACAACCUAAACAAAGCAUCUGAAGUUACACCAACAUCAAACGAAGACCAAAUACACAACCUAAACAAAACAUCUGAAGUUCUACCAACGUCAAACGAACACCAAAUACACAAUCUAAACAAAACAUCUGAAAUUUCACCAAUAUCAAACGAGCAUCAAAUACACAACCUAAACAAAGCAUCUGAAGUUACACCAACAUCAAACGAAGACCAAAUACACAACCUAAACAAAACAUCUGAAAUUCUACCAACAUCAAACGAACAUAAAAUACACAAUCUAAACAGAACAUCUGAAGUUCCACCAACAUCAAACGACCAUCAGAGUUACGACGGUAACAAAAUACCAGAAGUUCCACCAGCAUCCCAGAAGAAGGAAAACUCAACACCUCGACCAGAAACGCUACCUGUAAAUGAUGUUAAGGGACAACGGAAACCCAAGAGGCUAAGAUUUAGGAAGUAUAAUACAAACGAUUUUGACUUCAUGAAAGUUCUCGGCAGAAGUGGAUUUGGUAAAGUGAUGUUAGCUGAGCUUAAGGGGACCGACCGAUAUUUCGCUAUCAAGUGCUUAAAGAAGAAUAUAGUGAUAGAAGAUAAUGACAUAGAGAGCACAGUUAUUGAAAGGAAGAUGUUAGCACUCGGAAACAGCCACCCAUUCCUAUGUAAACUUUUCUGUACUUUUCAGACCGAGGGUCAUCUUUUCUACGCUAUGGAAUAUUUGGGUGGAGGUGAUCUUAUGUUUCAUGUCGAACAAUCUGGAAAAUUUGAUCAGGAUAGAGCCAGGUUUUAUGCCGCAGAGAUUGUGGUAACCCUAAUGUUCAUGCACAAGAAAAGAAUCAUCUACAGAGACUUGAAACUAGACAAUAUUUUGCUUGACUCUGAAGGACAUAUUCGAUUGGUCGACUUUGGAAUGUGUCAGUUACGAAGUUAUAACGAAGAGUGUCUUCCUUCAAACUUUUGUGGCACCCCUGAGUAUAUGGCUCCAGAAAUGAUCAAAGGGCAACAGUACAACCAGUCUGUUGACUGGUGGUCCUUCGGAGUGUUACUGUACGAGAUGCUAACAGGACAGUCUCCUUAUAACGGAACCGAUGAAGCCGAGCUAUUCUGGUCGAUCUGUAAUGAAGAGGUUUAUUACCCCAGGUUCCUUAGUAAAGAAGCAAAAGAGAUAAUUUCUUUACUUCUUCAAAAGGAUCCGACUAUGCGACUGGGGAUGCCCACGUGCUCAGCAGGAAACAUAAUGUAUCAGCCUUUCUUCAAGUCUGUCAGUUGGGAGAGGAUUGAACGUAAACUAAUUGAACCACCUUUCAAGCCUACACUGUCAGGACCAAGUGAUGUAAGUAACUUUGACGAUGGCUUUACCAGGGAAACAGCGGUCCUGACCCCGUUAGAACCCCAAUUGCUAGCUACAAUGGAUCAGCAGCAGUUUAAGGGAUUCAGCUACACUAACCCCAGUAUGACUGACUAACUCGUUAAGAUCUGCUAGCGUGGUGAUUACACAGAUUAAAUCCAUGGCAACUACAGAAGAAGAAUAUUUGAGACCUUCUAUGACUGACUAACUCGAUAAGAUCUGCUAGCGUGGUGAUUACACAGAUUAAAUCCAUGGCAACUACAGAAGAAGAGUAUUUGAGACCUUCUAUGACUGACUAACUCGUUAAGAUCUGCUAGCGUGGUGAUUACACAGAUUAAAUCCAUGGCAACUACAGAAGAAGAGUAUUUGAGACCUUCUAUGAUUGAUUAACUCGUUAAGAUCUGCUAGCGUGGUGAUAACACAGAUUAAGUCCAUGGCAACUACAGAAGAAAAGGGUCAACCAAAGAAACAUAAGCUGCAGUUAGUUCGGCUACUUAAGCUAUUAUACUGAUAACUAGGAUAUUUAUUUCCUUAACUUAUAGAAAGUAUGUCUUACUUUCUGCGUGAAUUUAGUUCUUCUGAGAACGAAAGUAAGUAAAUUCAAGUUUUAAAUUAAGAAGAGAACUACAAAAUCAACAACAGAUAAAUAACUUGUGAAAGCAAUCUUUGUUGCUGUAAGCUUGUCUAGAGACUUCUUUGAUAAUCAGUUUUCAGUCCUUAUGUCACACCAUCUUAGGAAAAUUAGGAGUGUCUUGUAAAAGGAAAAGUUUAACAGUAUGCUUAAAAUCUUAUGUCUCAUACCUGAAACAAAAUAUUAUAAGGAAUAAAGUUAGUUGAUAAUUCUUUUAAAUUGGAGACAUUCCAAAAACAUAUUAUCGUUACUUAAAUAUUAAACGUUUACUUGUCAUUUAUUUGAAACUCUCUAUGGAGAUGUUAGCAAAUUGCCAAGCAAAUCCGAAGACGUGUAAAGAAAAUUGUUACGUAAUUACAGUUAAACUAUUUUUCGAAAGUGGUGUGAGUUUGGAUCAUGCGUCUACACACUCUUGUUAAAAUAAUAGUAGAGAUAAAGUAUCUGAUGCUUAUACAAGAUAUUGUGAUUUAACAUCAUGCUCCUGUAAUACGUAUUUAAAUCAUUUACUUAGCUUAAAAUAAAUUUUAUAUGCCGUCGUUAUGUCGAAAAAAAUCUAUGUGUAAGAGCUACACAGCGCCCUCACUAGAAAUUUCAACUAAACAAUAAAGAGUAUCCCGCCGAUUCUACCGGUAGAGUUUCUAUCGAUGUAUAUUAUGUUAAAGGUAUAAUUACCUAGUUGAAUUAUUCUAGUCUUCCUAAUGCAAUAUUAUGUAAUAUUCUACUAUACUAUGCAAAAUUAUUCUACGAUCUAAAAAUAUUAAGUCCAUUGUUUGGCAUUCAAGACGUUAUAGUAUAAGCUUAAUUAUAUACAAAGUAUUUCUAGAAUAUAUUUUCAUAUAAUGUUAGGACUGUUGUUAAUACACGUUUUGAUAAAUCUGAUUAUAAGUACUUUUUUGUACAAAUAAACAGUACGUCAUUGAUUGACUAUUUCUGCACUUUUUUUACUUGUGUGUAAAAUAAUUUUGGAAAAUAUGCUUGAAA